CCCUGCAGUGCAAUCACGGUCCUCACUUUCUGACGCGGCCCAGAGCCGCCUGACACAGCGGCCAGAUGGCAGCGCGCCGGGAAACAGAGAGAGAAAGCAGGUGGCCAGCGCGGAGGCUGGAGCCCUGGGGCAAAGAUAAAUUCAAGGAAGCACGAGAUCCUACCCCCCUGCCCCGCCGGAUGGCAUUUUCCCAUCCGGUGGAGUGAGGCUGGUAGGAGCUGCCCCCCAGGACGGGCGUGAGCAGGGAAACCAGGAACCCCGUGGGAGGUGCCUACGCUCACCACACCAGGCGCCUGAGACAUCACGGCGCCAAUGACUUCACGCUUCACCGCAAUGUCCUCCUCGGGGACUGUCGGCAUCCUCGGCCAAGAGCCGCACAACGUGACUAACCAUCCAGUCAGAAGAGCAGCCCUCCCGUGGGUCCCCUGCCCGCCACCCUUGGGGCUUCCUCGUCCUCCCAGCCGCCCCCUGGGACCCUUGGCCACCACCAUCCUGUUCUGUAUGCUGCUGGACCCAGCAUUACCCCUGACUCAGGAGCACCAGGGACCAACCGGAGGAAGCCCGAUGCGCUGUCCUAACGUAUCACAGGGGCGCCCCGCUUCUAGGGAGUCACGUGAUCUCCCCCACACUCACAGCCUCUGCUCGGGGCACAACCGAAUGGCCCCGCUUGUCCACUGUGAAACCUGCCCUCCCCUCUGUCUGCCCUUGAGUCUCUGACAAGUGCCGCCGAUGGUGGCCGACUCCCUCACCGUGGCGAGCUCGCAGUAAAAAUAGUCUCUGCUGGUUCUCACUUGGUUGGUCUUGGCUCACGUACACGGUAGGCGUCCUCACAUGGAGAAAAGGCACGGAGAUCCAGGCAGGAAGGGGAGAUGGGAAGGGGGGCAGAUUCUCAGGAUGUGCCAAUGCCCUGGGGCCACCUGGGGUCGGACAGGGGAAGGGCACAGCAUGUCCCAGCCUUGAUCUUUGCUUACAAGAUACGGGAUGGGUCAGCGGGUGGGGAGUGACGAUGGGAAAAGGUCAACUUCUGAAUCCGGUGGCUACGUCUUUCAGAUGUUCCAACCACAGAAUGGGUCCCCAGUCUAAAUAUGAAGUUUGACCGAAGGACAAUGGAACUGAGUUGGGACUGCAAAGAAAACACUACCUACCUCGAAUGUGUGAUGAUCCACAAGGAGAAAGGAGAGAUCAGAAAAAAGCCCAAGAACAAAGACUGUCACUGCAACUUUUCCCAUGAUUCUCUCCAUGGGGGAGUCACGUUCGUGGUUAAAGUAAAUGGCACCCAAGGACCGAUUCCAGAAAAACUGGUCUACACUAACCCAGGUGGCGAGGGCACCGCUGCCCAAAACUUCUCCUGUUUUAUCUACAAUGUGAACUUCAUGAACUGCACUUGGGCGAAAGGUCGGGCUGCGCCUGAUGACGUCCAAUAUUUCUUGUACAUACAAGACUUUAAGGAAAAACGGGAAAGAGAGUGUCCUCAUUACGUGACGGACUCAGGAACCCACGUCGGAUGUCACCUGCACGAUCUGUCGGGAUUAACGUUCCGCAAUUACUUCCUGGUGAACGGUACCAGCCGAGAGACGGCGGUCCAGUUUUUUGAUACGAUUUUGUCCUUGAAAAAAAUAGAAAUAUACAGCCCGCCCGACAACGUCAGCGUCGACUGCAACCCGUCCCACUGCCAGAUCCUCUGGGACCCGCCCAGGACGCGACACCCCUCGUCCGCCUGGGACUUCAACUACCAGCUGCGCAUCCAGAAACAGAACAACAAGGAACACGCCGGAAAUCAACUGAUCGACGUGACCGGCAAAUCGGAAAAUAAAUACAACUUCCCGAGUCCAGAGCCCAGACCCACGCACACUGUGACGAUACGGGCCUCAGACGCACGGGGACAGCAUUGGAGUGCCUGGAGCCAGCCCGUGGAGUUUGGCUCCACACAAGCCACAGCCAGCUUUGUGCACGUCUAUGUGCUCGUGGUCCUGGGGACCUUCGUCUGUGCCCUGAUUCUCAGCUGCCUUGUGAAAAGGUUGUUUGCAUCAGAGACCUUAUUCCCGCGGAUUCCGCACAUCAAGGAUAAAUGGAGUGAGAACGUUCACACUGACCACCAGGGCGGCCCCGCCCACCGGGCCCCCGGUUCCCAUCCACAGCCCUCGGCCACCCGAGCCCCGCUCGCUGGGUUCCCGAAAACCCGACACCCCCGUCCUCCCUGUGCUCCCCAGAUCAUCUGGGAGAAAUCCACCCCGGAUACAGGAAAGAUCGACCAUGAAGAGAUCCUAACCGUGGAGGAAGUCACCGUCGCCCCGGAGAGCGUGUGACCCACAAAGAUGCUUCCAGCCCCGGAACGUUCUGAAAGCCGUUUUGUCUUUUCAUUGUUUGAACACUUAUUUAUACGGCGCUCUAUUUUUUUACUUUAAAACAACGUGGUCUUUUGCAA